CCCACGACCUGAAGUUCCAGGAGGUGGCAAUAACCACCAGUCAACCGGUGAAUUUCGAAUUCAUCUCCCAUUCGUUCUAACCGUUCUAACCGUUCUAACCGUUGACCAUUUCUCAGCUGCGGAGUUCCAUACUUUUUCGAAAAUCAGAGAAGCCGAACGUGUCACUUCUUUCUUCUGUGCACAGUUUCGGGCUUGCAGCCUGACAUGCAUCAGGCCUGCUCGAGCGCUCGACAUAAUUGACAACUUCUUCUUUGUCGGCCAUCUGUUGACCACCAUUGUCCACGACAAAUUUCCCUCACUAGGUACCUCAGUUCUUCUACGGCUUUGCCGUGGUUUGAUUCACUCAAACAUAACACGGGUGAUUUACACCGCCUCUCAGGUUAUUGCCCAGCCAUGGUGAGAACCAGAAAAUCGGCGGCAGCCGAACUUGAAGGCCCACUUUCGCGAUUUGUCACCGUCGCAUCAGAGGAGCAGCGUAGCAAAGCCAUGACUUCAAGUUCCGACUCAUCAACUGUGCCAACGCCUUCAGGUCAUUCUUCGGGGAGCGAAUACACGACACCCCUCACUAGCAAUGUCGGGACACCCGCUUCGGUUGAAGACAGACAGCGAAGGCCAGCCAAGCGGCUCAACAGAAUCGAGGUCCAUCUGCCCGCUGCAAAGGCAUCCUCCAACAGGGCACUUCGCAGCGGAAAGUUUUCCAUGAAUUCCAAGCGCAAGAGGGAUGUUGUCGACGACAGCGAAGAUGAUGGUUUCUCCGACAACUCGCCGGAUGCAAAACUUGCACGAAGGCUGCAGGAUGAAGAAGACGAAGCGGCAGCACAAAUAUUGUCGGUGUCAAAGCCUACUAUCGGGCUUCGCAGGAGCUUGCGAGGCCUUGCAGACCCACUUGUUACGAGUCCUGCAUCAUUGUCGAAAGCUGAGCACGAUGGAACUGAUUCGGCUGCUUCGACUCUGCGCGGCUCAAGCGGCAAGGCAACGGCACUUGGCUCCCGCUCUAGCGCGGGUUUUCGCAGAAAGCAGAUUAUGAUCGUUAAAGAUUCGGAGGAUGAGGAUAGUGGCGCCGAGCAAGUCGACAAGGAGAGCGAUAGUGACGCCGAGGGAGUCGACGAGGAGAGCGAUAGUGACGCCUCAUCGUUCAGGCCCUUGAGCAAACGACGGCCAGGCGCUGCCGCGGCAAGCCGGCGCCCAAUCCGCUUGAAGGAACCUACAGCGGCACCAACACCUGCUCCCGGGGAGUAUCCUGACGGUUUUUUAUUCUUAGAGAAUCCCGGCGGAAACUCAGAAUCUCUGGACGAUUUCGACUUCGAUAGUUUUCUCGCUGCGCACUCUGGGGAAGAGAGUGACGGUUUCACUUUCCCCCUCAACAUCGAUGAUGACGACGAUGACCACCCCGGCGCACCCGGUACUCUUGACCAAGCUAUCCGUACGGCGACGAUGUCCCGCCGCGCCUAUCGGGCAUAUCGUAGCGGACGCCGUCUCAAGAGAGAUAGGGGUCGCCUUGAGCUACACCACCCUGAGCUCACGACUAUGUGGAAAGACCUUGAGAACAUGCCGGUUCUGAAAGCUGGCAAGGCAGAGCAGCCCAAUUCUAUUUCUCGCCAGCUCAAGCCAUUCCAGCUCGAGGGCCUUGCUUGGAUGAAAGCGAUGGAAAACACAGAGUGGAAGGGUGGGCUUCUCGGUGAUGAGAUGGGUCUCGGGAAAACUAUCCAAGCCGUUUCUCUCAUCAUGUCGGAUUUCCCUGCCAGAAAACCCUCCCUUGUCCUCGUUCCUCCGGUUGCUUUGAUGCAGUGGAUGACUGAGAUUGACUCAUAUACGGACGGGAGAUUGAAGACUCUCGUUUUCCACGGAACGAACGCCAAGUCGAAGAACCUCACCGUCAAGGAACUCAAGGGGUACAACGUGAUCAUCAUGUCGUACAACAGCCUGGAGUCGAUGUACCGCAAGCAGGAGAAGGGCUUCAAGCGCAAGGAUGGCGUGUUCAAGGAAAAGUCCAUCAUCCAUCAAACUGAGUUUCAUCGCGUCAUCCUCGAUGAAGCCCAUUGUAUCAAGACGCGAACGACCAUGACGGCAAAAGCUUGCUUUGCCCUCAAAGUCACUUAUCGCUGGUGUCUCUCAGGCACCCCGCUGCAGAAUCGCAUCGGCGAGUUUUUCUCGUUGGUUCGCUUCCUCAACAUCCGCCCAUUUGCCUGCUAUCUCUGCAAGCAUUGCCCGUGUUCCACGCUCGAGUGGCAAAUGGAUGACAAUAAUAACUGCACAGCCUGCGGGCACGGCGGAAUGCGGCACGUGUCUGUCUUCAACCAGGAACUUCUUAAUCCGAUUCAGAAGUACGGAAACAUGGGUCCGGGUCGCGAGGCUUUCCGGAAGCUACGCAUCCUGACGGACCGGAUCAUGCUCCGCAGGCUGAAGAAGGACCACACCGACUCUAUGGAGCUUCCGGUCAAAGAAAUCAAUGUUGAACGUCAGUUCUUUGGAGAGGAGGAGAACGAUUUCGCGAACAGCAUCAUGACAAGCGGCCAGCGCAAGUUCGAUACUUAUGUCGCCAGUGGUGUUCUGCUCAACAACUACGCCAACAUAUUUGGUCUUAUUAUGCAGAUGCGCCAGGUCGCGGACCACCCAGAUUUGAUUCUGAAGAAGAACAGCGAGGGUGGCCAGAACAUUCUUGUCUGCAGCAUUUGUGACGAGCCCGCCGAAGAUGCGGUUCGAUCUCGUUGCAAGCAUGAUUUCUGCCGUACCUGUGUCAAGAGCUAUCUGAAUUCAUCGAUGGAGCCAAACUGUCCGCGUUGUCAUAUCCCGCUGUCUAUCGAUCUCGAGCAACCCGAGAUUGAGCAGGACGAGGCAAUGGUCAAGAAGUCGUCAAUCAUUAACCGCAUCAAGAUGGAGAAUUGGACCUCGUCAUCCAAGAUCGAACUCUUAGUCCACGAGUUGCACAAGCUGCGCUCUGACAAAGCUUCUCACAAGUCAAUCAUUUUCUCACAGUUCACCACAAUGUUGCAGCUUAUCGAGUGGCGACUGCGCCGAGCCGGCAUCACCACCGUCAUGCUUGACGGAAGCAUGACUCCCGCUCAACGGCAGGCCUCAAUUGAGCAUUUCAUGAAGAAUGUCGAUGUCGAGUGUUUCCUGGUCUCCUUGAAGGCCGGAGGUGUGGCUUUGAACCUUACCGAGGCAUCCCAUGUUUUCAUUGUCGACCCUUGGUGGAAUCCUGCAGCAGAGUGGCAGUCGGCCGACCGAUGUCACCGGAUUGGCCAGAGCCGCCCUUGUACGAUCACGAGACUUUGCAUUGAGGAUUCUGUCGAGAGCCGCAUGGUUCUCCUACAGGAAAAGAAGACCAACAUGAUAAACUCGACUAUCAAUUCCGAUGAUGCAGCUAUGGACUCCCUCAGCCCUGAGGAUCUCCAAUUCCUGUUCCGCGGAUCGUGAUCAAUAUUCGGUAAGAAGGAGUUUUGGUACGAGGGGAACUUGCCAGCCAUCCUCGCAGCCGUGCUGGGGUCAUGUGAAUUUGUUUGUAUUGUGUACGACUGUAUGGGUUUUCUUCCGCUCUAGGCGUUAUAUCCCAGAGCAGAGACGCAGUAGCAGCGUGUGUCAAGUCAUUUGUGGCUGCAUCAGGGCGCCGGGAUGAGGCCAUGAGAGACGGAUGAGGGUAUGAAGGAAGCACGAGUAUAGAUGGCGUUUAGAGAGCCAACCGGCUCAGCACCAACCGCUGUGACAGGGCCAUAGAAAUUACUUGUUGAUUUAGCUACUUACCUUAGGUAAUUAGAGAUUUGCUCUUCUUACUG